AUGAUCUGCUUCAGUGUUCUGCUACUGUUCUGGACAAACUGGGUUUCCGCAGAAUGGCAACCCAAGGUGACAUCGGUCAAACGCUCAGGAUCGUUUAUGUUCGAGUCGUUUGAUGACUCUGAUGUCAUCUUGGGAAUCAAAAAGGGAGCUUUACAAAUUUCGAGGAACGCCGGCACAAGUUGGAAAGAUGUUAAGGCAGUGAGCCGGGAUAUCCAUUACAUCGAUAUUGAUAAUAACUUCGCAGAAACUCGUGCAUUCGUGUUUGACGUGGAGGAUAAUCGAGUGUAUGCGACUUCUGAUAAAGGUGAGUCUUGGUUCGAGCUAAAUUUUCCACGUCCAAACUCUGGGAAGGACGCUGAUGAAAUCAAUUUCAUGUCUCUGGCUUCAAACCCUUUUGUUAAAGAUGACUUGCUUCUAAGCCUUACGAUCUGUCCCUCAUCACACAAGGGAAGGGAAUGCUUCACAGAGCAUCAUAUUUCGAGCAACGGCAAGGAUUUCAAACCCCUAAAAAUGCCACUUGAGCAGCAUGCAUACGUGAAUUGUCGAUUCCUAAGCCUCGGAGCAAAAGAUAGCGCUAACCAUGAUGUUAUCUGCGACGCGCGGUAUCCUGACGACGAUGCAAAUUUCGCUGAUUCUACACAAUUAAAGCGCGAGAUCUUUUUAACCAGCGACUACGGAAAGAGCUUUGAAACUCUUUCGCAAUUCAAAGGAAAAAACAUCCGCUAUCUGAUACUAACGGAGGAUUAUGCCAUUGUUUCCACUUCAGAGGAUAAAUACAACGAUGACUCUGUAGAAGAAUUGUGGGUUUCACAAGAUGGUAGGAGCUUCGAAAACGCCGUCACACCCACAAAUGUUCGAGGCCCCUAUUUUGUGUCGCAAAUAUCCAAAUCGUCCAAAAAACUGAUGCUAAUGGCGGAUGCAUUGGGAAGUGACCAGAAGGGAACGGGCUUAAUUUUGUCAGAUUCCGAUGGCCUAAGAUUCUCGCCCAUCUCGUCGUUUCCAACUGAAAUUCCUGGAUUUUACAUGAUGUCCAGUGUAGGAGGCUUGGAGGGUGCCUUCAUUUGCUCAUUCACCGCCAUUCAGCACCAUAGUGCGCAAAUGACAACUAAAAUUACCUUUGACGACGGGCGUUCAUGGUCAAGACUUCGUUUGGAUGAUGUCAACAACGAGUAUGAAUGCGACUCGGAGGAUGUAGAAAAAUGCUUUAUCAACUCGUUUUUUAUGCCAUCUAUGAUUUUCAAUACCCACGAGCAUCAAAUACCCGGCGUGUCGUAUGUGAUUGGAAGUGUCGAAGACUUGACCGCUGAUUCAAAAAAGCUACCACAGCUACAAACGUUCGCGACUACAAACGGUGGGGAAUCUUGGAGAAAGAUUCUAGAUUUUCCAGCUGCUGUUCAAUUUGGAGAUCAUGGAAACGUUGUAGUUGCAUUUCCCUUCUCGCCUGACGCCGAUGGUGAUCCGGCAAUGGAAUUCUUUUACUCCUUGGAUCAAGGUGAGACUUGGACGGAGUAUGAGUUGAAAGAGCCCGUCGUCUUGGGUGGAUUUAUGUCUACUUCCGGCGACAGCUCUGGGUCUAAAUUUAUCAUGCGAGGGUCAGAUUUUAGCGGAAAAGAUGUAUCGUGGUUUUACACCAUUGAUUUCUCUGACGCGUUCGAAGGUAAGCAAUGUACAGAAGAUGACUUGGAAGAUUGGGUUUCGAAUAAGGGCGAAUGUGUUGGUGGGGCGAAACGUACAUAUAAAAGACGGAAGCCUGAUGCCAGAUGCUUUGUUCGAGAUCUUUAUGCUGAUCAUGCGAUGGAGGAGGAAAUCUGUCAGUGUAGUGAGAUCGACUAUGAGUGCUCCCCGGAAUUUUUCCGUGCAGAUGAUGGUACUUGCAAACCGGAUUUCGGGCUUCUUGAGCAUUCUGGCAGUUGCAAAGCUGUCAAGAAAGGAAAAGAGCUCAAACUUUCACCUAAAAAGCUACAACGGGGUAAUAAGUGCGAGAAUCCAAUAGAAAUCGAGAAAGUGACAGUCAGCUGUAAUGGCUUGAGCGAGGAUGGAGAGGGCGCCCCCAUCAUUGUUUUUGAAAACUUUCUAGACUUUGAGCUAAAGUCAUACCAAUACUUCAACACCAAAGCAGAUGAGACUGUUUUGUUUAGAACUGAUAAAAACGAUGUUUACUUGUCUUAUGAUAGCGGCAAAACCAUCAAAAAGUUCGCAGAGAAGGUAACGGAGGUAGUCUUCAAUCCUUAUUUUAACACAAGUGCUUAUGUCUUCGGUGCAGAUAAUCAGCUCCAAAUUACCAACGAUCGAGCCAGAUCUUUUGAAACAUUUGAUUUACCAGAAGCCAAACAAUUAGGAUUUCCUCUCUCUUUCCACGCCACAGAGGCUGAUACUUUCAUUUUCUAUGGAGGCAAAAACUGUGAUAGUUUUUUCAACCCCGAGUGUCACGCUGUAGCAUACAUUACAAGAAAUGGCGGAACCACCUUUGAAGAGCUCAAACAAGGCGCUCUGAGCUGUGAAUUCGUCGGCUCUAUUUACGAAAACCCUUCGAAUCCCGAUAUGAUUAUGUGUUUGGUAAAAGACAAGGGCAAGAGAGAAAAAAGUAUCAUUACUAGUUCAGACUAUUUUGAAACAGAAGAGUCCACAGUAUUUGAAGAUGCACUUGGUUACGUUUCUUUGGGCGAAUAUACGGUUAUUGCAGUUCCUCACGAAAACGACGAGCUGAGAGCUUUUGUUACGAUUAAUGGUGAUGAGUACGCUGAAGCGAAGCUCCCAGCAGGCCUUAAUGCAGAUAAGCAGCAGGCGUAUACGGUUCUUGGUUCGCAAAAAGGUGCCAUUUUCUUUCAUUUAACCACUCAUAUGACGGAAGGUCAAGAAUACGGCGCAUUGAUGAAGUCAAACUCAAAUGGAACCUCCUUUGUGACCCUAGAGAGAUCAGUUAAUCGUGGUUCUUCAGGCUUUGUUGAUUUCGAGAAAAUCGAAGGAUUAGAGGGUAUCAUCAUGAUUAAUACUGUUUUUAACGCGGAACAACUCCAGUUGGGCAAAGAAGGAGAAAAGAAAUUAAGGUCUAAAAUAUCAUUCAAUGACGGAGCUGAUUGGACUUAUCUACAAGCGCCAAAGACUGAUUCCGAGGGUAACAAGUAUGACUGCAAUCCAAAAGAUCUGGAAAAGUGCUCUUUAAGUCUCCAUGGAUAUACAGAAAGGGAAGACCAACGAGACACUUAUUCGUCAGGGUCUGCCUUGGGUUACAUGAUCGGAGUCGGGAACGUUGGGGAGCAUCUUCUACCUAAGGAGGAGUGCUCCACUUUCAUGAGUGUUGAUGGAGGCUUCACCUGGAACGAAGUUGCCAAGGGCGCCUAUCAAUGGGAAUACGGAGAUCAUGGUAGUAUUGUCGUGCUUGUGAAAGACGGCGAAAAAACUGACAGCCUUCUAUACUCAUUAACUUCUGGUAAAUCAUGGAGUGAAUUUAAGUUCGCUGCAGAUGAACUGUAUGUGGAGGACAUAGUUACCACGCCACAAGACUCAGCUAUGCGGUUUUUGCUCAUUGGCAAAUCUACCAAGGUUACCGGUAGACAUACCAGAACUUUCACAAUUGACUUUACCAAAUCUUUCGAACGUCAGUGCGCGUUGGGCAGUGACGACUACGCGUAUCACAGCUUUGGCGACUGUCUUUUCGGCCAUCAAGCCGAAUAUCUACAAAAGGUAAACGAUCAUUGUUACAAUGGCGCUGCUCCUUUGGAGGAUGCAGUGAUAAUAGUCAAACACUGCUCUUGUACGAGAAUGGAUUUUGAAUGCGACUACAAUUAUUACAAGGCUGGCGACGGCACGUGUAAACUUGUCGAUGGGACGGAUCCCCUAGAUGGAAGUGAGAUUUGUGAGAAAUACACCGACCAAAUUGAAUAUUUUGAGCCUACUGGGUACAGAAAGAUUCCCCUGUCGACUUGCGUAGACGGUUUGAAGUUAGAUGAAGCUUCACGUUCACACGCCUGUCCUGGUUUUGAAAAAGAGUUCAAAGAACGCUACAGUAUAAGCGGUAGACGUGUUCUUUACAUCAUAACGGUCCCACUAGUAGUUUUCGUUCUAGCUGCCUGGUUUGUUUACGAUCGUGGCGUCAAAAGGAACGGUGGAUUUUCUCGGUUUGGAGAGAUAAGAUUGGGCGACGAAGAGCUGAUUGAAGAAAACAGACUAGACAAAAUGGUAAAUUCGAUUGUGAAAGUUGGCGUUAUCGGUUUUUCUGGGCUCGUAACUGCUAAGCAACUGUCGCAACGGGUGCUUCAAAAUACAUGGCAGCGAGUAAGAUCACGGCUUCCUGGAAAUAAAAACGGUCCCACCUAUUCGUCAUUGAAUCACGAUCAGUUCUUGGAUGAGGCAGAUGAGCUUCUAGCGGAGCAUGACGAAGAUGCGAAUGAUUUGACAAGCUUCCUCGAAAACGAAAGCAAUUUUGAUAUUAAUGAAGAGGACGAUAUUGAUAGUGGGGUGACAAGACCAUAUUCUGACGAAGUUGGGGUGUCUGACGAUCAUGAAGAGGCCAAUGACAUAGAGAGCCCGCCCAAUUAA